UUUCGUUUCACAACCAACUUCACUUAAUUAAACAUAAACCGAAAAAGAAAAUUGUGCGAAAAUGUUAUUCUACUCGUUUUUCAAGUCAUUAGUAGGAAAAGAUGUGAUCGUUGAGCUGAAGAAUGAUCUUUGUAUAUCUGGAACAUUACAUAGUGUGGAUCAAUAUCUUAAUAUAAAACUAACAGAUAUCAGCGUCACAGAUCCAGAGAAAUAUCCCCACAUGCUCAGUGUCAAAAAUUGUUUCAUUCGUGGAUCUGUCGUGAGAUAUGUUCAACUUCCAGCAGAUGAAAUUGACACACAACUUCUUCAAGAUGCGUCUCGGAAGGAGAACGUUACUAGCACGCGCUAAGGACACUUUUUCAUUCAUUCAUUCAAUAAUUAUCUGAAAGUGCUGCGCUUAAGUUUCUUUUAAGAAAAUUCAAUAAAAAUAAGUUUCCUCAUUUUAUAAAAA